AUGAGCCUGUCGUCGAUAGCGUCCCCACACUUCCCUCCCGCCAACCUAGAAGGACUAGACGAGUCGUCGGACAGAAGUAGCAGCGGUCACGAUAGAGGCAGCACCACCACCCAGCACCAACCCGACUACACACAGAAGUCUGUGGAGCACGACGGCACCCACUUCCAAACCGCAAGCACCUUCGCCCCUCUACCACCCCUAGGCAUUACUCAAGACUUCACAGCAGUCAAGAUGGAGCCCAUCGACCCCAACAACCCAAGUAACCACGACACCAUGCCGCCCCAGAUCGCACCACCAUUCGGUGCCCCCGCGUUCGGAGCCACGGGCGCCCCAUUCAACAACCCGUACAUGGUCCCUGCCGCCAACCCGUUCGCCCAGUCGACGAGUCCGCCACAGACUGCGCCCCGCCUGUUCCACCCCAGCCAGUAUCAGGGCAAGUACACAACCACAGACAGAUCCGAGCUAACCCCCACAGCCAUGCCGAUGACCAGCCUCGCCUUUAGCAACCCUCCGCUGCCGCCUACUCCCGACACUGCGGUUCACUCCUUCUCGCCUCCGUCGAUGAACGCCUUUGGCACCCAUCUACCCCAGCUCGACUUCUCGCCCAACACGACCAUGUCGCCGCAGCUCAUCAGCCCCGUCAGCCAACUCAGUAGCCAGCUGUCGGAUCUGUCGCCUAGCACCAACUCGCCGUGGCUAUACUCGCCCGCCUACUUCACCUCCAGCACGCCCAGCCAGACAGCCGCCCUGCCCCAGACUACCCCGCCACCAGGCGCCGGCAUGGGCUUUGUCAACGGCUUUCCCUACCCUGUCCCGGCGCGUCCGGCUUUACGCGUGCUCGGUCGGAAGAGCACGCGCGGGGUUGGAACCGAUUCGCCACACUCGCCUCGCAGGCCCGACGACGACGACGACGAGGAGCUAGUUGACAUUGACGAAGCCCAGCAGCGCAGUGGCGGCGGCAGCAUCGGCGGCGGUAGCCUAGGCUUCACGCCCGUGGUUACCGAUCAGAACGAACGCAUCGUCAUCCCGGCCCGCCGCGAAGAAGUCCGCAACGCGCGCAUCGAGAGUGAGCAGAAACGACGGCUGACCGAGGUCUGGCAGCGCCGGCGCAACGAGCUGCGCGAAGGGUUUGAGCGUCUGCGCGAUGUGCUGCCGCCGUCCAACCAGCGCGUGUCCAAGGCGCUCCUACUUGACCGCGGCGUCGCGCACAUCCAGUCGCUCGACUCGGCGAAUCGCUAUCUCUCGGUCGAGCUCGAGACCGCCAGGAAGGAAGCGGAGGAUCUCCGCCGCAUGAACCACCAGCUGGCCCAGUCGCUGGCUGCGCGCACACGCACCGCGACCCCCGUGCAGUAG